AUGCGGAGCGAUGUAAAACAAAUUCUCGACGAUGGACACAUUCCCACCAAGCGCGAAGUGCUUAGAGUGAUCAUGAGUUUAUUCGAUCCUCUCGGAUUUAUUGCGUUUUUCCUGGUUCAUGGAAAAAUAUUAAUGCAGGAUAUUUGGGCUAGAGGAUUCGAAUGGGACGAGCAAAUUACACCGGAUAUCUACGUUCGUUGGAGGCAAUGGACGAACCUGUUUCCGGAAGUCGGUGCUUUACACAUUCCCCGGUGUUAUUUUCGUUCACCAUUUCCAAAAAACUUCGACAACAUAGAGAUUCACAUUUUUGUGGAUGCCAGCGAGAUGGCAUACUCGGGCGUGGCGUACUUUCGUGUAGAAGAAGCUAGACAAGUUCAAGUGGCAUUCGUCGGUGCCAAGACCAAAGUCGCACCUUUAAAAACUCUAUCCAUACCUAAGCUCGAGCUGAUGGCAGCUUCGCUUGGAACCCGAAUGUUGAACAUGAUCAAAUUCUACCACUCGUUUCCCAUCGUUCGUCAGUUUAUGUGGACUGAUUCAACAGUAACACUCGCUUGGAUCAAAUCAAAGGAUCAUCGCCGAUAUCAACAAUUUGUUGCUGUUCGCGUGGGUGAAAUAUUGAUGUCAACUGAGUCGAAGGAUUGGAGACACGUUUCUUCUAAGCUCAACUUAGCGGAUAUUGCUACAAAAUGGAAACAAGGACUACAACUCUCGAUGAACAAUCCGUGGUUUCGGGCUGAAGAAAUUCUGCAAAACCUUAAAGAUAUGUGGCCUGAAGAUAGUCCCAUCCCGGAAACACAAGAAGAAAUGCGUCCUAACUGCACAAACCUUGGACAUUUCGCUCCGAUCAUUGAUAUUUCUCGGUUCAGUUCGUGGGCCAGACUCCAUCGUGCAAUAGCAUACGUUCUACGCUAUCUCGGUAAUCUACAACGUCGGAGCAAGGGACAACCUCUAAAACUUGGAUUGCUGAACCAGAAUGAGUUGCAAAGGGCUGAAUAUGCGCUUUGGCGGAUGGCGCAAAGCGAUGCCUUUCCGAACGAAAUUUCUACGUUGACUAAAUCCCAAGGUCCCCCAACAAACCGGCACAGCAUCGUCGCCAAGUCUAGUCCGAUUUUCAGAACGUGGCCGUUCUUAGACGAAAACAGUGUUUUACACUGGUACCACCGCCGUUUUCGUCAUGCCAACCGUGAAGUCAUCGUAAAUGAAAUUCGACAACGCUUCGAGAUUGGUAAACUCCGAUCACUCGUUAUGAAAGUGGCCAAAAAAUGCACCUGGUGUCAUGUAAUGAAAGCAGUUCCCAGAUCACCAACCAUGGCUCCGCUCCCAGAGAUGCGACUAUCAGCAUUCGUACGACCGUUUACAUACGUCGGCUUGGAUUAUUUUGGCCCUGUACUGGUCAAGGCCGGCAGAAACAACGUCAAGCGCUGGGUGGCACUCUUCACUUGCCUGACACUGAGAGCUGUCCAUAUGGAAGUUGUACAUUCUCUGAGCACCGUGUCCUGUAUUAUGGCAGUACGACGAUUCGUGUCACGCCGAGGACCACCACGUGAGAUAUGGACGGACAACGCGACUUGUUUUCACGGGGCGAGCAACGAACUUAAGUCGGAAAUUGAAGCCACUACACGCGCUCUCGCCCUUACUUUCGCUAGCGCUCAAACAAGCUGGAAAUUUAUUCCACCGGCAUCCCCACACAUGGGUGGGGCAUUAUCGAGCGACCCUUCGCAACAGCUGGAAAUUAGCACAACAUAUCACGAACCAGUUCUGGGUGCGGUGGCUGAAGGAGUAUCUGCCGAUCAUUACGCGAAGAAGCAAAUGGUUCGAAGAAGUCAAAGACCUGGAAGUUGGCGAUCUGGUGUUGGUGGCUGGCGAAACGGCGAGGAACCAGUGGAUCCGGGGACGAAUAGCGGAAGUAAUCCUGGGACGGGAGGUCGAGUUCGGCAGGCACUAGUACGGACAUCGUCGGGAACCUUACGAAGACCAGCUACAAGAUUGGCUGUUUUGAAUGUCGUGAAGUGUCGUGAAGUGUCGUGA